AUGAGUGGGCCACUCGUCUCUGGGUCCUGCUCAGGCCCGGAAGAGGUUUCUGAGCUGAAGUCUCCGCUGAGCUCUAGGUUCAGGGAACCUCUCACCCACGCUCGGUUCCAGGAGCUUUUUGGGGGCGCAGAGGAGGCGGAGCUACCGGCGGAGCCCUGCCUACCCUGGCUGUGCAGGCUGCUGCGGAGGAGGCGAGCCUGCGGCUUCUGCUCUGGGCCGGGGGCGUGGCGCGUGCUGCUGGCUCGGGUCCCCCCGCUGCGCUGGCUGCCCCAGUACCGCUGGCGAGCCUGGCUUCUAGGGGAUGCUGUGGCCGGAGUGACCGUGGGCGUCGUGCACGUGCCCCAGGGUAUGGCCUUUGCCCUCCUGACCUCGGUGCCCCCGGUCUUCGGACUCUACACUUCUUUCUUUCCGGUUCUCAUCUACAGUCUGCUGGGCACCGGGAGACACCUGUCCACUGGAACUUUUGCAGUCCUCAGCCUCAUGACCGGCUCUGUGGUCGAGCGGCUGGUGCCCGAACCCCUGGCGAGGAACCUCAGCGGCGUUGAAAGGGAGCAAUUGGAAGCCCGGAGAGUUGGGGCGGCAGCGGCUGUGGCCUUCGGGAGUGGGGCGCUGAUGCUGGCGAUGUUCGCGCUGCAGCUCGGUGUCCUGUCCACCUUUUUAUCCGAGCCUGUGGUCAAGGCGCUGACCAGCGGGGCCGCGCUGCACGUGCUGGUGUCGCAGCUGCCCAGCCUCUUGGGAUUGUCUCUCCCACGCCAGAUCGGCUGCUUUUCUCUCUUCAAGACGCUGGCCGCGGUGCUCACCGCACUGGCCCGGAGCAGUCCUGCGGAGCUGACCAUCUCAGCGCUCAGCCUGGCGUUGCUAGUGCCGGUCAAGGAGCUGAACGUGCGAUUCCGGGACAGGUUACCCACUCCGAUCCCAGGAGAAGUUGUCAUGGUGCUUCUGGCCACUGUGCUGUGCUUUGCCUCGUCCCUGGACACAAGAUACAAUGUCCAGGUAGUGGGACUAUUGCCUGGAGGAUUUCCCCAGCCCCUCUUCCCCACCCUGGAUGAGCUGCCCAGGAUACUGGCCGACGCGCUGCCCAUCGCCUUGGUUACUUUUGCCGUGUCCACCUCCCUGGCCUCCAUCUACGCAGACAAGUAUAGCUACACGAUUGACCCCAACCAGGAACUCCUGGCCCACGGUGUCUCCAACCUCGUCUCUUCUCUCUUCUCUUGUUUUCCCAACUCGGCCACACUGGCUACAACCAGCUUAUUGGUGGAUGCUGGUGGGAACACACAGCUGGCCGGCCUCUUCUCUUGCAUAGUGGUUCUCUCGGUGCUCCUGUGGCUGGGGCCUUUCUUCUACUAUCUGCCCAAGGCUGUCCUGGCGUGCAUCAACAUCUCCAGCAUGCGCCAGAUGUUCUUCCAGAUGCAGGAACUGCCACAGCUAUGGCACAUCAGCCGCGUGGACUUUGCUGUGUGGAUGGUCACAUGGGUGGCAGUAGUGACUCUGAAUGUGGACCUGGGCCUGGCUGUGGGUGUGGUCGUCUCUAUGAUGACGGUGGUCUGCCGAACUCAGAGGGUGCAGUGCCUGGCGCUUGGAUUGGCUGAGGGGACUGAGCUCUACAGGCCACUCAGAGAGAGCCACAAGCUCCUCCAGGUUCCGGGUCUCUGUAUCCUGAGCUAUCCCACACCACUCUACUUUGCGACCCGUGGGCAGUUCCGCCACACCUUGGAGUGGCAUCUGGGGUUUGGAGAAAGAAGCAAGGUGAGGGUUUUGGUCAGGGAGGAGUGGCCCUCUGGGAUUGGGAGCAGUCUCCAAAGCUGGGUGGUCUGCCUGAUAAAGGUGAGUCUGGAUGACAGAGAGGGAGAUUUGCCUGUGAACCGAAGAGGCGUCUGGGUACUCCUGCCUUCUCCCAUCUUAGGUGCUGAGCCCGUCAGGGUGAUGAUCCUAGACUUCAGCGGCAUCAGCUUUGCAGAUGCUGCGGGGGCCAGGGAAGUGGUACAGCUCACCAGGCGAUGCCAGGAUGCCGGGAUCUGUCUCCUCCUGGCUCAGUGCAAUGCCUUGGUGCUGGAGACCUUGACUCGGGCUGGACUCUUGGAUAGAAUAACUCCAGAACAACUCUUUGUGAGUGUCCAGGACGCGGCCGCGCAUGCGCUGGAGAGACUGAAGCCCACUGGCCCGAAGAUCUGCACAGUAUGGGUCUGACCAAGGUCACCCGGAGUGUGAGAGGGCCCAACAGUAUGUGUGUGAGGAAGGCCACGGCCCUUGAGCCCCCCGCCAAAUGCAACCAAUAAAAUGAAGCUGAGACUA